CGCUGAGCGUCGGUAGUGGAGGCUGGGUCUGACAUGGACUUUAUUGUCAGGAGUGCGUAAUAGCGCACAAACUAAUUUACCGCAUCGACUGUGUUGCACUCUCGGAGGAUACCGUCCUGUCAUUGGCGACACGCUUAACCUGGAUUACCUCCUGGUGGUUUGGCACACCUGCUGUUACUCGUACCUCUAAUCGACCUUUUUAUUUAUCAUGCGAGUUUUUACUUGACCGGAUCAGAAAAUCGUCAUUGUUGUCUAUUUUUCGAAAAAGAAGAAAUUAUUUCCCUUCAAUCGCGACUUCAAUGAUAGAUUCAGCAACGAUGAGCAAAAACGGAAUGCUGACAAAAAUCCACACGAGGAUUAGAACCGACCCCUUCACAGCCAAUUACGAGUUGGUCGGCAAAGAAUUGGGCAGGGGAAAGUUUGCGGUGGUGAAGAAGUGCGUUGAGAAGGCGACAGGGCAGCAGUACGCUGCCAAAUUCCUGCGAAAACGACGGAAGGGCGGGGACUGCCGCAAGGACAUCUUGAAUGAGAUCGCUAUGCUGGAGUCAGCCAAGGCAAACCCUUAUGUUGUGGCACUGCAUGAGGUCUACGAAACUGACACUGAAAUCAUCCUUGUUCUAGAGUGUGCCGCUGGUGGUGAAAUCUUCAACCAGUGUGUUGCUGAUAAUGACGAGGCCUUCACAGAGAAAGACGUGACCCGGCUGGCCAAGCAGAUCCUGAGUGGAGUGGCCUUCCUGCAUCGAAACAACGUGGUGCAUCUGGAUCUGAAACCCCAGAAUAUCUUGCUGACCAGUGCCAGACCUCUGGGGGAUAUUCGUAUUGUGGACUUUGGCUUGUCCAGACACAUGGACAACAUCACAGAAGUCAGGGAGAUCCUGGGUACCCCAGAGUAUGUAGCACCAGAGAUCCUGAGCUAUGAGCCCAUUAGCACUGCUACAGAUAUGUGGAGUAUCGGCGUCUUGACCUAUGUCAUGCUCACAGGCGAAUCUCCCUUCCUGGGUGACAACAAGCAGGAGACAUUUCUUAACAUCUCCCAAGUCAACAUCGACUACUCACAAGACACAUUUGAGGGGAUCUCCUCCUUGGCUGUUGACUUCAUCAAGUCAUUGUUGGUUAAAAACCCCAGGAAGAGAGCCACAGCAGAAGAAGGCCUCCGCCACCCCUGGCUGAACUCGCUGUCCCAUCCCCACUCCCACCCGCACCUCCACACCAGGCCAGCCUCCUCUCUGGACGAGCCAGAGACUAGUCAGUCCGAGUCGGAGCCCGAGAGCCCAGCUCCCUCCCCCGAGCUGGACUUGAUUGAGUCAUACUUCACAUGCCCAGGUCAAGGUGAGCUGAAGACAGGCCGUAAGACCUUCUCCUUCAGCGAGCCCCCCUUCCCCAUACAGCAGGAGCUGAUCUGCUGAGUGAUGCUUUAGAGGUGGAGAGAGACUCAAGAAAUUUAAACUCCACAGAACAGAUGUUGAAAGCCAGCGAGCCCUGCAGCUUUUUGGUCUUGAUCUGAUUCAGGGUCAUGCUGUAUGCCUGCUGCUGGCCACUUCUUCUGUGGUGAAGUCUGUGAGCUGAGCUGUGUGUAGUUUGAUACCUCUGUGUGUGUGUGUGUGUGUGUGUGU